UGUGCUUGCUUACAUGGCAACAUUUUUAACAUGGCCGCAUGUUGAACGAAACGAUUUUCUUUACUGUUUGCCAAAAAUAAAUAAUACUGCUGUUAAUUGUGUGCGGAUGUAUGUUGAAUACCUAGCUGGGGAAUAAAUUAGUACGAGGGACAAAAUACCGUGUUUGGCGAAGAUGAUGCAUCACCCGAACAUGCAUCACCAGCCGAUGUCGGGGCACCCUCCGCAGCACAUGGGCGGGCACCAGGGCAUGCCCGGCCAUCAUCAGAUGCAGCCACACCAGUUGCACAGAGAGAACAGGCACGUAACGCUAACUAGGGUGCCUCUGGGCCCGUCGGGCGGCGGCAUGGGCGGGCACGGGCAGCUGGGCAUGGGCGCCAUGGUGCCCCCGCACCACGCGCCCGCGCAGCGCCCCCCGCACCCCAUCCGCGCUAUGCCACACCAUCCGCAGCAGCACCACUCUAUGCCGCCGCAACCAAUGAAGCAGAUGCGCCGCGGGUACGGCGUAGGCUACGGGCCGGCGGGCGUCGUGCCGGCCUACGCGCACCCGCCGCUGCAGCCCGCGCCGCUGCCCGUCCCCGCAGCGACACCAGCCGUCACCAAAGAGCCGGCGCCGACGACGGUGGAGCCGCCGGAGGAGAGCGCGGAGCCGGCGGAGGACUCGCGGGCGGCGGGCGACGAGGCGCGCCCGCCGCCCGCCGCGGCCAACAGUAAAGAGAAGACCCCCAUGUGCCUGGUCAACGAGCUGGCCAGGUACAACAAGAUUAAGCACCAAUACCGCCUCACAUCAGAAACGGGACCGGCUCACAAAAAAGUAUUCACAGUAACACUCCGACUGGGUGAUACUGAAGAAUACACAGCUGAGGGUUCUUCGAUAAAACGAGCUCAACAUUCAGCGGCCAGCGCGGCGCUGUCGGCCACGCACUUCCCGCCGCCGCCGCCGCGGGCGCCCCCCGCGCACGCGCCCAUGCCGCACCACCGGCACUCGGGUGCAGUAAUGCCGACGGUGGAGCUGAACGCGCUGGCCAUGAAGCUGUGCCAGCCGGCCAUCUACACGUCCAUCCCGGCCGUGGCGGCGCCCGCGCGCGCGCGCAGCCGGCCGCCCGCCUACCGCGUGCCGCCCUUCGUGCCCAACGUGUACCAGCGCAUGCUCAGCCCCGGCCUCGUGUACCGCGUGCGGGUCACCGUGGGGGACAGCCGGCCGCCCGCCUACCGCGUGCCGCCCUUCGUGCCCAACGUGUACCAGCGCAUGCUCAGCCCCGGCCUCGUGUACCGCGUGCGGGUCACCGUGGGGGACAGCCGGCCGCCCGCCUACCGCGUGCCGCCCUUCGUGCCCAACGUGUACCAGCGCAUGCUCAGCCCCGGCCUCGUGUACCGCGUGCGGGUCACCGUGGGGGACAGCCGGCCGCCCGCCUACCGCGUGCCGCCCUUCGUGCCCAACGUGUACCAGCGCAUGCUCAGCCCCGGCCUCGUGUACCGCGUGCGGGUCACCGUGGGGGACAGCCGGCCGCCCGCCUACCGCGUGCCGCCCUUCGUGCCCAACGUGUACCAGCGCAUGCUCAGCCCCGGCCUCGUGUACCGCGUGCGGGUCACCGUGGGGGACAGCCGGCCGCCCGCCUACCGCGUGCCGCCCUUCGUGCCCAACGUGUACCAGCGCAUGCUCAGCCCCGGCCUCGUGUACCGCGUGCGGGUCACCGUGGGGGACAGCCGGCCGCCCGCCUACCGCGUGCCGCCCUUCGUGCCCAACGUGUACCAGCGCAUGCUCAGCCCCGGCCUCGUGUACCGCGUGCGGGUCACCGUGGGGGACAGCCGGCCGCCCGCCUACCGCGUGCCGCCCUUCGUGCCCAACGUGUACCAGCGCAUGCUCAGCCCCGGCCUCGUGUACCGCGUGCGGGUCACCGUGGGGGACAGCCGGCCGCCCGCCUACCGCGUGCCGCCCUUCGUGCCCAACGUGUACCAGCGCAUGCUCAGCCCCGGCCUCGUGUACCGCGUGCGGGUCACCGUGGGGGACAGCCGGCCGCCCGCCUACCGCGUGCCGCCCUUCGUGCCCAACGUGUACCAGCGCAUGCUCAGCCCCGGCCUCGUGUACCGCGUGCGGGUCACCGUGGGGGACAGGGCGUGGCCGGGCGAGGGCGCGACGCCGCAGGGCGCGCGGCACGACGCGGCGGCGCGCGCGCUGCACGACCUGCGCCCGCCGCCCGACGCGCCCGCGCCGCCCGCCCUAGCGCCCGCCGUAGCCAACGGUAACUAUACUCGGUCGCACGUUGUGUGCGUGUGUUCAGGGCGUGGCCGGGCGAGGGCGCGACGCCGCAGGGCGCGCGGCACGACGCGGCGGCGCGCGCGCUGCACGACCUGCGCCCGCCGCCCGACGCGCCCGCGCCGCCCGGGCGUGGCUGGCGAGGGCGCGACGCCGCAGGGCGCGCGGCACGACGCGGCGGCGCGCGCGCUGCACGACCUGCGCCCGCCGCCCGACGCGCCCGCGCCGCCCGCCCUAGCGCCCGCCGGCGUGGCUGGCGAGGGCGCGACGCCGCAGGGCGCGCGGCACGACGCGGCGGCGCGCGCGCUGCACGACCUGCGCCCGCCGCCCGACGCGCCCGCGCCGCCCGCCCUAGCGCCCGCCGGCGUGGCUGGCGAGGGCGCGACGCCGCAGGGCGCGCGGCACGACGCGGCGGCGCGCGCGCUGCACGACCUGCGCCCGCCGCCCGACGCGCCCGCGCCGCCCGCCCUAGCGCCCGCCGGCGUGGCUGGCGAGGGCGCGACGCCGCAGGGCGCGCGGCACGACGCGGCGGCGCGCGCGCUGCACGACCUGCGCCCGCCGCCCGACGCGCCCGCGCCGCCCGCCCUAGCGCCCGCCGGCGUGGCUGGCGAGGGCGCGACGCCGCAGGGCGCGCGGCACGACGCGGCGGCGCGCGCGCUGCACGACCUGCGCCCGCCGCCCGACCCAACGGUAACUAUACUCGGUCGCACGUUGUGUGUGUGUGUACAGGGCGUGGCUGGCGAGGGCGCGACGCCGCAGGGCGCGCGGCACGACGCGGCGGCGCGCGCGCUGCACGACCUGCGCCCGCCGCCCGACGCGCCCGCGCCGCCCGCCCUAGCGCCCGCCGUAGCCAACGGUGACGCAGGGUCAGAUAUCAUGAAUUCUGAAGUGAAGUCGCCGGUGUCGUUAGUACAUGAACUAGCUUUGAAACGAAAUCUCACAGUUCAAUUCACAGUGAAGUCAGAACGAGGACCACCACAUAUGAGGGUAUUCAUCACAGUAUGCACGGUGGGCGAGAUGGAGACGGAGGGCGAGGGCAACGGCAAGAAGGUGUCGAAGCGGCGCGCGGCCGAGCGCAUGCUGGAGGAGAUGCGGCGCCGCUGGCCGCCCGCGCUGCUGCGCGCGCGCCCCAUGGAGCGCCGCCGCCCGCCGCCCGCCAAGAAGAAGCCGAGGAACCUGAUUAAGGAGGGCAGCGGCGCGGCGGAGGCGGGCGGGGCGGGCGGCGGCGCGGACAACCCCAUCUCGCUGCUGGCGCAGGCGCGGCACGCGGCGCGCGCGCGCUCGCCGCAGUACCGCGUGCUGGAGGAGCGCGGCGCGGCGCGGCGGCGCGAGUUCCUGGUGCAGUGCGACGCGCCGCCGCACCGCGCCACCGGCCUGGGGCCCAACAAGAAGACGGCCAAGCGGCGCGCCGCGCACAACGUUUUGCUAGCAAUGGAAAUGAAUGGCGGGACUGAGGGCGUGACGAGCGCGACAUUGACAGACGCGAAUACGAAUGGUGCCACCGAUGCGAGCUGUACGAAUGGCGAUGCCAAACGAAAAGAGUCCCCGGGCGCGGGCGCAGGCGCCGGUGGCGGCGGCGCGGGCGACGCGCGGCAGCCGGUGCCGGGCGUGCUGCUCAUGGACUACCGCACUCCACAUCCCACCAAUGGUACUGGUGUGAGUGAAACAGGUGCCACAGGCACGAGCAACAGCAGUCCGGGGGCGAAGGAGCAGCUCAUGUAUUUAUCGCAGCUGCUUGGCUUUACUGUGCAGUUCUCUGAUUUCCCCAAGCGCAACCACGGCGAGUACCUGUCCCUGGUGUCGCUGUCGACGGAGCCGCCGGUGAUGUGCCACGGCGGCGGGCCGUCCACACAGCACUCGCACGAGCAGUGCGCGCGCGCCGCGCUGCGUGCGCUCGCGCUCAUGGGGCUGGACGCGCCGCCGCAGCCCGCCGCGUGAGUACUGUCCCUACUGUCCCUGGCGACGGAGCCGCCGGUGAUGUGCCACGGCGGCGGGCCGUCCACACAGCACUCGCACGAGCAGUGCGCGCGCGCCGCGCUGCGUGCGCUCGCGCUCAUGGGGCUGGACGCGCCGCCGCAGCCCGCCGCGUG